AUGACCAACGCUGACCUGAAAUCCCGUAUGGGACUCAUUAUCAAUACCAAACCAGAGUACUACCCAAUCGAACUAUCCAACGCCGAGCUACUCUCCCAUUUCGAGACAUUACAAGAGUAUCAUCAAGAAAUUUCUACAAAUGUAAUUGCUCAGUCUUGCAAAUUUAAGCCAAAUCCAAAACUUAUAGAUCAACAGCCUGAAAUGAAUCCUGCUGAAACAAGAUCCAAAAUCGUCACUUUCUUAUUCGAGCUGUCUGUUGUAACUCGUGUCACCAAUGGCAUUUUUUUCCACUCUGUAAGAUUAUACGAUCGCUAUUGCUCCAAAAGAAUCGUGCUACAAGAUCAAGCCAAGUUGGUUGUGGCUACUUGCCUCUGGCUAGCUGCCAAAACAUGGGGCGGCUGUAAUCAUAUUAUCAACAACGUGGUCAUCCCCUCCGGUGGAAGAUUUUAUGGCCCCAACCCAAGAGCCCGUAUACCUCGUCUUUCCGAGUUAGUUCAUUACUGUGGCGAUGGUCAGGUCUUUGACGAAUCAAUGUUCUUACAAAUGGAAAGACAUAUAUUAGACACUUUGAAUUGGAAUGUCUACGAGCCAAUGAUCAACGAUUACGUUUUGAAUGUCGAUGAAAACUGUUUAAUGCAAUACGAACUAUACGAAAACCAAAUGAGCUAUAACAAACAAUGGUCCGAAAAGCGCCAAUCUCAGUUAUCCCAAGACAGUGAUGCCACUGUAGAUGAAAGAUUUUCUUACCGUAACGAAGAGGAAGAAGAAGAAGAAGAAGAGGAAGACCUGAAGUUGAAGAUCAAAUUGAUUAAUUUAAAGAAAUUCUUAAUCGAUGUAUCUGCCUGGCAGUACGAUUUGCUCAAAUUCGAACUUUUUGAAGUAUCACACGGAAUAUUUUCGAUUAUCAACCAAUUCACCAACCAAGACCAUGGACCCUUUCUAACGACUCCAAUGACGACUGAAAGCAAGAAUGCAGAAAUUUUAACCAUUUUAGUCAAUGCCAUCAUUUCCGUACCCAAGUCUCUGAUGGAAGUAUACAAGUCAAUCAGCGGUGUUUUGCCCUUUGUUGAUCAAGUAAGAGGGUACCAAUUGGCCUUACAAAGAAAAUUACAAAUUGCAUCGAAUUUGAAUCUAUCAAGAAAACUCACCAUAUCAACACCUUCAUGUUCGUUUGAAAACUCCAAUACUACAUCUAUUCCGUCGCCCACUUAUUCUUCUCAAAGCCACACUCCAAUGAGAAACAUGAGCUCUUUAUCGGAUAACAGCGUCUUUAGCAGAAAUAUGGAGCAAUCAUCACCAAUUACGCCAAGCAUGUACCAAUUUGGUCAACAACAACCAGCCAGUAUAUGCGGCAGCACAGUCAGUGUAAACAGUCUAAAGAAUAACAAUAGCAAUCACGACCAAGGAAGUUACGAAAAAAUGACUAACCCUAAUAAUAACAAUGCAAUUAAUGACUACAUCGACUUAAUGAAUAUAAAUGAGUCUAAUAAGGAAAAUCGAAUCCCAGCAGCAGCGCAUUUUCUCAAUGGCGGGCCACCCAAGACAAACUUCAUUAAUCAUGGAAUGUUUCCUUCACCAAGUAAUACUAUAAAUAGCGGUAAUUCAAGCAGUGCAUCGUCUUUAAUUUCUUUUGGCAUGGGCAAUAAACAUAUUAUUUAG